GAGGCUAAAUCAAGCUAGUAAUACACAUCCAAUUCUCGAAUUCUUGUUCUUAAUUUUGUUCUUGCAAUCCGCUCUGUAAAUCGGAUCAUUUGGUGGAUUUAUUGUCCAUCAAAUUGGUGCUCUCGUUGAGAGUUCGAGAAUCAUACUCGGAAGAAAUCCUCCACAACGACGAUGGUGCAAACACGUAGCAACGCCAACGUAGGUACCGGAGUUCCGCAACAGGGGAAGAACAGCGCCACCGGAGGUCGGCACCCCCCCAUCACCACCGGGGAAGCUGAGGCCCUCAUUCAGAGGGUUGGGAUCACGACCGAACAAUUCAAGGAGGUGCUGGCCGCACUUGCGCCCAACUGCGAGGUAGUGGUGGGAGAUGUGGCUGGGGGACCCACAGGCGAGAAGGCUGGACCUGCGGGCUCCCAAGGAAAAAAGAAAAAAGUGAGGCGGUCCCAGAAGAAGAAGGCGACCAAGCCCAAUGGGAAGGCUAUGAUGGCAGAUGCGCUCUCCAGGCUUGAAGAAGAGGACGAGUCGUCCUCCUUCGAGCGGAUGUCUGCUUUUGACCGUUUGGGAGAUCUCAAGUCGAAGAAACCUCGGACCUCUGCGUUCGAAAGGUUGCAGGACACUCGGUCGGCCCGAAAAGGCGACUUGAGAGACACGCUCAAGGAGAAGAGAGGGGAGUCCUCAGCGACCUCCAAGGUCGGUUCUGAGGAGCGACGGAGGACAGUCGAGGAUAAGGGUGCAGCCGAGCUGUGGAAAAUGUACGAACAACUGGAGAAGCAGCUGGAUGCCCAGAACCCCUAUCGCCAGGUGGUCUUCAGUGAGGUAACGCCCUUCUCCAGGAGGAUAAUGUCCUGCCCUCUCCCAGAUAAUUUCAAGACUCCCCAGAUCAAGGCAUACAAUGGGACGACCGAUCCCCAAGACCACCUCGCUCGUUUCGGGGCCAACGUGGUUAUGUACGCGUAUCCAGAAGAAAUCAAGUGUCGGUGCUUCCUGGCGACACUGGAAGGGCAGGCUUGUGAGUGGUUUCACAAGUUACCCAAGGGGUCGAUAGAUAAGUGGGGCGACCUGGCCCACAAGUUCUUGGAGCACUUCGCGUCCAGCCGGAGACAAAAGCUCCCCUUCUCGCAUUUGCUCAAUGUGAAGAUCCGGAAGGGGGAACAGCUCCGGGAGUUCAUUAAUAGGUGGGAGAAGGAGGCUAGGGAUGUCCAAGGGGCGGACGACCAAGCCCUGAUCGCCAUGCUCCAAGCUGCACUCCCCCAAGGGGAUGUGCGUAAGGAGCUGCGACGGAAUCCUCUCUCGACCUAUCAAGAGAUGUUGGCCAGGGCGAAGUACCUGGCGCUGGAAGAGGAAGAUGAUGAGCCACCAGUCCGGAAGGAGAAGAAAAGCGGGCCACCGGUGGCAGAAGGAAAGAAGAGGAAGGAAUAUGGUAAGGGGCCGAACCCCACCGGGUAUCAUGCGAACAGGCAUCCCGUUCACGCGGUACAGUCGUUGCCGGCCCCUCCUCAUGGUCGGGAAAGCUAUGGUGUGCAAGAUGCACCCAAAUACUGCGAGUACCACCGUAACAGCACCCAUAACACAGAGGAGCCGGAUUGGAUUGAUGAGAUUACCAUGUACAUCCUUGACGGGUCGUUACCCAUCGACCCAAUCGCGGCAAAGGUGGUGAGGCGACGUGCACCCAGCUACACGCUGGAGUGCGGUCGGCUGUAUAAACGAUCGUACAAUGGUACAUUGUUGAGGUGCUUAAGAGCGGGCGAGGCACAGAAGUUAAUGGAGGAAAUCCAUGAGGGAAUAUGUUCAGCGCAUCAGGGAGCCUUCACGAUGUCCAGGAAGGUGACCCUACAAGGAUACUUUUGGCCAACGAUUAUCAGAGAUUGCGCAGAGUACGUGCGCAAAUGCAAGGUUUGCCAGGAAUUCCAGAGGAUGCCAGGGCGACCGGCGACGAAUUAUACCCCGAUAAGCACAGCGAUUCCCUUUGCCCGGUGGGGCAUCGAUCUGGUCGGUAUUUUGCCUCGGGGGACAGGGAACAACACAUACCUGGUGGUCGCGAUUGACUACUUCACCAAGUGGGUCGAAGCCGCCCCCGUGCCAACCAUCACUGCGGAACAGAUGACGAAGUUUGUUUCCAAGCAAAUCUUGUGCCGAUUCGGGGUGCCCCAGCAGAUCAUCACUGACAACGGAACCCAAUUCGAGGCCGGGGGGUUCAAUGAGUUUCUACAGAGCUGGGGCAUAAAACACAGUUAUGCGGCGGUCGGGUACCCCCAAACCAAUGGGCAGGUUGAGAACACCAACCGUACCAUCAUGGAUGGCCUCAAGAAGAAGAUAAUGGAAUGCAAAAGUACCUGGGUGGAAGAAGUGCCCUAUAUAUUGUGGACCUACAGAACUACCCCAAGGAAGGCAACAGGUGAAACCCCUUUCUCGCUCACAUAUGGAUUUGAAGCAAGGGCUCCAGCGGAGACCUCGUUGUUAAGUCAUAGAGUAGAGACGUUUGAUGCUCAAGGAAAUGAGGAGAACCUGAGGGCAGAGCUGCACCUCAUUGAUGAGCGAAGGGAAAAGGCAUAUAUGCGGGCAGAAAACUACCGCCGGCAGGUCAAGUCAUAUCACGACCAGCGGGUGCGGCCAAGGCAGUUCAAGAUGGGCGACUGGGUCCUUCGGAAAUGGGAGGUCAGCCGGCCGAUCGAUGGAGGAAAGUUUGCUAAAAGCUUCGAGGGGCCAUAUAUCAUAAAGGAGGUGUUGGCCGAUGGGACAUUUAGAUUGCAGACUCCAACCGGUGGCGACGUUCCGCGAGCGACCAAGGUUGAAGACGACGCCGUGGCAAGAAAGUCUGAGAGAACGGCUAAGUCUGGAACACAAGAUCUGUUGAUCGCAUGAGCGACCAGGGGAUCUUGGGGGUAUGGAGACGCCACAAGGGUCAAAGUAACCCGAAAGUGGCUAAGUCAAAAGAGGCGAGGUAUUCUCUGAUUCAAGUCCGAGGGAACCGGAACGUCAAAUGUAGGAUGCGAAAGAGAAGAAGGUGAAACUUGUAAGUAAACAGGUAACAUCAAA